AAGAAAACCCUCUUCAAAGUCACCAUGAGGACAGCUCUCCUGGUCAUCCUAGUCCUGGUGGUUUCCUGUCAGUGUUGUAAAGCUGCACCUGCUUAUAUGCCUAAGGAAUGCUGCUUUGAGCUUUUCACUGGAGUUAUUCAACUAUCCAAACUGGUGGAUUUUUACAGAAUAUCUGAAGGCUGUCCUGUACUGGCUGUUGUUUUUGAAACUGUUGCUGGCCGCAAGAUCUGUGCUGACCCUUCCAAGAACUGGGUGAAGAAAGCAGUGAAGAAUUUGGAGAAAAGAUCUCAGAAAAUUAACCACAAAGAACAUGCAUAAACCUCUCUACAUUGCAACUAUCCCAAAUCUGUUUUUUUUCCUGUUGAUGGAAAAUAUCUGUAUAAACAUUAUUCUACAUUGGCUAUAAUUUAUUGGAAUGAUAUAGUUUCAGACCCAAUAGACGGCUCAGAAGGAGGCAGAGGGGGAUACCUCUGUGCAAAAUCAAAGAUACACUGACAUGUGGGUUUUCACAAUGUAAAUAUCAUUGCUAGAAUGCACAAGCUGUAACAGGAAUGUUUAUUAAAGCUUUAUUUCUAUA